GUUUUCCCUCUACUCCCUUCCCUUUCCUCCCCUCCUCCAACAUGUCCAAGCCCAAGGAGAUAUCUUUCCUCGACGUUGACCGGUUAGAGUUGAAGGCCAUCGCGGAUGCUGGGCCUCGCGAGAAGGAAAUCGAGGAAGAAGAUGACACCCCAAUCGACGUUGAAAAGGAGAAGAGUCUGGUCAAGAAGUUCGAUCGCCUCAUCAUGCCCUUGCUCAUGGUGGUGUACUUGCUGGGAUACCUCGACCGAGCCAAUGUCGGUAACUCGCGACUGAUGGGUCUCCCCGAUGAUAUUCUCGGAGGUGACCCCACCGGUCAGCUGUUCGCAUGGCUGAACUCGUCCUUCUUCUUCGCCUACAUCGUUUUCCAGUUCCCCGGCACUAUCUUAGGGAAGAAAUUCGCACAGAAUUUUUGGCUAGGUGUGGCCGCAACAGGAUGGGGUUUCUGCUCUGCACUGCAAGCAUUGUCCUACAACUUUGCCAACGCUUUUAUCUGCCGUUUCGGUGUCGGUUUCUUCGAGUCCAUGUUCUCCCCGAACAUUUCGCUCUAUUUCACUUUCUUCUACACCCGUCAGGAAAUCGGCUCUAGGUUAGGAACAUGGUUCGCGUGUGCCUCCCUCGCAGGUGCUUUCGGUGGCCUCGUCGCUUUCGGUGUGCAGAACAUUCACUCUCGGAUCGAAGACUGGCGUUUGUUAUUCAUUAUCGAGGGUUUCCCGGCCGUCGUGGUUGGUCUGUUGUGUAUGAAGGUUUUGCCCGACCGGCCGGACACCAUGACAUGGUUGUCCCCGGAGGAGAAGCGGCUUGCUGUCAGGCGCAUGAACCGCGGUGGCAAGAAGGAACGUGCACACACCCUCAAUAUGCGCCACGUUUGGCGGGCCGCCAGGGACAUCAAGAUCUACAUGUACGGUAUUAUCUACUUCGGUGCGAACGCCCAAGCGGCUUCCCUCAACGGUUUCUUGCCCACUAUCGUCUCCGACAUGGGCUACGACGGUGCGAAUGCACAGAUCUUCACCGUCCCUCCUUACGCCGUCGCCGCGGCGGUGCUCAUCAUUACCGCCUUCGUCUCCGACCGGUAUCAAACCCGUGGUAUUCCUAUGUUCAUCUCCUCCAUGUUAGGAGGCACCGGGUACCUGCUGCUCAUCGUCGACGUCUCCGUGCACGUCAAAUACUUUGCCACUUUCCUCGUCACAACCGCGACGUACACCACAAUCGGCAUGGCGAUCUCAUGGUUCCCGUACAACAUGGGCUCAGAAUCUAAGAGGGCAGCCGGUAUUCCCAUCUUCCAGGGUAUUGGACAGUGCGGCUCUAUCCUUGGGUCGAACAUUUACCCGUUGUCGGAUGCACCGCGCUACCUGAAGGGCUUCGGUAUCUCUUGUGGUUUCGCCUACCUUGCCGCCGUACUCUCCCUUUUCCUUACCAUGUAUUUCCGCUACGAGAACAUGCGCCGUGAUCGGCUGUACGGUGUUGUCGACAGGAACGCGGCAGUGGACACGAGCGAGCUGGCGGACGAUGCUCAUGCGUUCAGGUACACUGCCUGAUCGAUCCCCCCUGACCAUCAUCCCAAGAGAGGAGAGAGAAGAGUGUGCGAUCAGUAAUCCGAUGUCUAUUACCACCCUACCCGAAAACACAAAACACAAGAUCGUCAGUUCUUCAGCUGGUUCUGGGACUCUUUCGAACCGAAGGACGACGCAACCCCCAGGGCUCUCGAGGGCAGAAGCAACGCGUUCUGCCGCUUUUAUUACCAUGAACUACAACUCAACCCAUACUCAUCUCGACAGACAGACAGACAGUGAUAUC